CAUGUGCAUUUUAUUGCUCAACUUGGCCGUUAACUAAAAGUGUGGACCUACAGUUUCCUAUAUUUAGUUUUACUACACAUGUCCGCAAUUAUUUCAAAAGAUUCUUUUUACAAGGCCCUAAUUGAUUUAUAUAGCCGAAGAAUAUGUCAUUACGUACAUUUGCUGUCUCUACUUUCAGGGAAGAAGAUGGCAUUUUCUGCGAUAGUUACUCUUGUAGCACUUCCACUGUUGUACACACAAGUAAACGGAGAUUGUGCAGGAAAAGCCGAUAUCAUAAUAGCAGUUCCAGGCUCAGUGAACAUUCCUGGAGAGGAGUUCUUCCCUUUCGAAACAUUUUUACACAUGCUUGUGGACUAUCUGGUAUUGGAUGAGAAUAACGUGAACAUUGGCUUAGUGUUGUACGGGAAGGAACCUACCAUUGUUAGCCACCCUCAACCUUUUAAAGACCAGGCACAAACAAAUACUAGAGCCACUCUUCUUACUCAAAGAGAAAACUACAUGAAUAUCCUUGGUACUCCACCAAACGUCGCAAAGGCGUUGAACUUAAUGCGCGCCAUGUUUCAAAACCCCAGCGGCUACCCAAUGGAACGACCACGUCCCGGUGUUCAGAAAAUCGGUGUUAUCUUCACCUGGGGUGCACAGCCCAUUGAGGCUUUCGACGAUGUGGUUAGAGCCUCUGAUGAUCUCAGAACGGACGGUGUCACCAUGUACGCGGUCGGAAGAAGUCCAAUUGGACCGGAGUUUGCUAGACUAGCCACGGAUGAAUGCAAACUUUUUAGUAUGGGAAACUUCCAGGAAGGUCUUCCUAGUGUCCUUCCAUACCUUGGCAGCAGCAUUUGUACACACAUGGAUCCAGUGAUUAAUGCAUCUUCUAUCAAUUGUUUUCCAAAGUUUUGGAGGCCUAGUCCAAAUCCCCCAAUAAUUUGCCCCUCAAUGAGUGAAAUUUUCCAAGACCCCUAUAACUGUGCUUACUACUACAAGUGCGACUUGAGCGUAGCCAGGAGAGAACGGUGUCCCUCCAACAUGUUGUUUGACAACUUUAUCCGCACCUGCAACUACAAGGACGCAGUCACAUGCUACUCCAGGAUGACUUGUCCGGAACCCAACGGACUUUUCCCUCAUCCCGAAUCCUGUAAUAGGUUUAUGAACUGUUUUAACGGAAUUCCGUAUGUUCAAGAAUGCCCCCCUAAUCUUUACUUCAACGAAAGAACCAAACUUUGUGACGACAGACAAAAUGUGCAAUGUCGCUUACAAUAGACGGAAAUGUCUCAGAUUUUCACAAGUGAAAGAUUUAAUCCAGCUUCUACUCAGUGUGGUUCCCAGUGCUUAUCUACCGCAGAAUAUGCAUCACAUUAUCUAACGAAAAUCGAACCUUUAAAUGCAGAAAAAAGGUAACGCAAACACACAUUUCAUAAUCUAAGUUAUAAAAAAUAACAACCGAGAACCAGGUUCUAAUAGAAUUAGUUUAUCUUUUAUCAGUGAGAAAGUAAGUUAAUCCAUCUACAUUCUAAUUUUGUCGUGUGUGUAUAUAUCUUUUCAUUCAUUUCAGAUAUCGUUAUUUCAUCACAUUGUUUAUAUACAUCCAUUCAUUAAAAUUUUUAUAAAUAAAAGUGUAAACAUUC